GUUUCAUCUGUCGGCUGCAAUCCACUAGUCUUCGAUGAAUCGCGCAGCCGAGUGGAUCGCGAAAGUCUACUAAAUGUGAAGUGUCGAGUGAUCGUUCGGUGUCUGGUAUAGAUUUGCUGCCAGAGCAAUUAAAUUACUGUCAUAUACCAGAAAGCGCAAACUAUCUCAUCAGUUCCCAGAUUACUGCAGUCACAACCCAGGGACUAUUUAGCUGCAUAAGCUUAUCAGUGCAGUUCCAAGAACUAAAGAUUUUCCCUUGCCAAAUUCACAAUUGAUAAAAAAUGCAAUGCCAGAGAUAAAGAAGUCCAACUGUCGAAUAGACUUCUAUCACAAUAUUCAACGAACAUAUAACUAUGGCAAAGGCAAAAAGCGUUGAAAAUACUGUCACAACCUCCAGCACAGAACCAACCCUCAAAAAGACUUCAAAUGAGAGCGAUAAUAGUGUUAACACUAGUGCAAACAGUACUAGUCAACGGAUAGAAACUGGUGCAGUUGUAGAUAAGGUCGAUAGCAGCAGCAACAAUGAAAACAUUUCAAUAUCCUCAAUUCAUGAAGAUGACCGGGGUAAUGAUUCGAGUGCCUUCGAGAGCAGCGAAAGUGAGUGUGAUGAUGAGGAGAUUAAGCGAGCGAUCGAUCGCAUUCCUCAGACACUUCAGCCUGGCAGUCAGCUAGUUCAGAAUGGAAUGUUGACUGUCAAUGGCAACAACGGCUCCCCGGGAUCAUCUCGAGGUCCCAACAUCGGGAGCAUCGCAGUACAAAACUCGUCAGACAUCACGUUUGGUAAUAAAACGUACAUCAAGGGACAGGUGGUGAUCAAAAACAUUUACCACGAUAACCAGAAGAAUGGUGCCAUCAAUCAGGGAUAUCAGGAAUCCGACGGAGAACUUGGAGCCAAAAAUGUAGGCAAAGAUCAGCCGGUGACCAUCAAUCCAGUUCCAUCGUGGAAAACUAGUCUUAAAACCAUCGUUAAGGAGAAACCCAUUCUGGUUGUGAUAAUUUUAGUGGCAGUAAUGGUCAUCAUCACAUCUUCUGUAAUCGCCGUAAUACUUUCAGGUAAAGGUCGAUUACAAGCCCCACAUUACGGUGAUGGUGACGAUGAUCGGACUAAUGUACCCCCUGAUACUGGCAUAGAUAAAGACCUACUUCCCGGAGAGAAACCAUUGCGAAUAGUGAGCCGCCUAGAGUGGUUAGCUCAGCCUGCCAGAGGAGAGUUGGAUCCACUUAAGCUUCCAGUCAGCCAAGUAAUCAUAGCUCAUACAGCAACCGAAGGUUGUAAUACACAGAGUGCUUGCUCCUAUCGCAUUCGGUUCAUGCAGGUGAAACAUAUGGAAACGGACAAUUACUCCGACAUUGCUUACAACUUUAUGAUCGGUGGCGAUGGCGAAGUUUAUGAAGGACGUGGCUGGAAAAAAGUCGGUGCAUUUCUCAGAGGACAAAACGCAAUAAGUGAAGGGAUAGCAUUCGUAGGACAUUACAGUCGCAUGAACGCCACAGAGGCUCAGAUGGAAAAACUGGAUGCUUUGCUGAGGAAAGGAGUCAGUGAGGGAUACCUAUCGAAAAAUUACAAGCUGUAUGGGGCCAGAACCUGGAAAAAUACUGAGAGCCCCGGAGAUUUGUUGUUUGAAAGAUUGAAAAACCAUUCCCAUUUCUCUGAUAGUAGAGCUGAAUGUGUAUUCAUAACUUCAAAAAUCCAGGAUUUCCACAUGGCCAAUGAUUCCAAAAACUUUUUCGACAUCGGCUACAACUUUUUAGUGGGAGGAGAUGGCAAUGCAUACGAGGGCCGAGGUUGGGAUAAAGUUGGUGCACACACAUUAGGGUAUAACAACGACAGCAUCUGCAUCGCAUUCAUCGGAACUUUUACCGACCAUGUUCCUCCAGCAUCGCAACUCGGAGCUGCUAAACAGUUGAUUGGCCUCGGCCUUCAGUUAGGGAAACUAUCAAAAAGAUACUCGCUCUAUGGGCAUCGGCAGCUAGCUCCAUUCGAAAGCCCCGGGAAAAAAUUGUACGAAAUUAUUCAAACCUGGCCGCACUGGUCUAACACUUUGGCUCCCGGUCAUUGGAGGGAUCCAGAUGUUACUACGAGUCAGCCUGAAUUGAUUUGAAGAUGUCGAAUAAAAUUUUUGGAAAACCAUACAGCUCAAAUAUUGUAUUCAUAAAAUAAGAUAAACGGAACAUUCUGUGAUUGAAAACGAGAAUAUAAUUCUAUAUUGCCAUUUCAAA